ACUACUCACUACGUGCCAUGUUCACGCCCCAUUGCUCAGCCGCUCUCUGUUGCGAACACACACCACGUUGCAUGCGCGGUGCGUGCACUGGGUCGAUACCCCCGGGCCUUCAGUCCGCGCCGCGCCGGGCCCCAAGCAGCCCGCGCCGCCCGCCAUGAGGGCGCGCGCGUUGCUCUACUUGCUUACCGCGCUGCUCGCUGCCUCCAACUACUGCCAUGCUGAGAAGAGCAAGUUCUAUUACAUGGACUCCUUGUGCAAGGACCAUUUCCUCCAGCGUCAGUACAGAAAGCUCGACGGCGGCGUCCUCUGGUCCCGCAACGAGCGCAACCUGGACUGCACGGUGACCUUCCAGACGCACAGCAUCCUGCAGCGGUUCAUGCUGCACUUCGAUCUGUUGCAGCUCGACUGCAACGAUCAUCUCUUUGUGUACGAUGGCGCGCACGCCACCGCCCCUCCUAAGGCGGACCUCUCCUGCAGGAACACCAAGCAGCAGGUGGGGGCGCUGUUCACGCGCAGCAACUUCGUCACGCUGAAGUACGUCACCGACAACUGGGGAACCGACGCGAACGGGUUCAAGCUCGUCAUCACCGCCGUCAAAGACCCUAUGGCCAUCUUUGCAGAACACGGCUGCAAAGAGUUCAGAUGCAAGCAGCGGGAGUUCUGCGUGAGCGCAGACCUCACCUGCGACGGCGUGGACCACUGCGCCGACGGCUCUGACGAGGACACAGCCGAGCUCUGCCCAGAUAGUGGCGGAGCGGGUGCCGGCAGCGCGUGGCUGGUGCUGGGCGCCGGCGGCUCGCUGCUGGCCGUCACGGUGGCGGUCACUGCGGCGUGCUGCUACUGCCGGCGGCGCGCAGCAGCGCAACGCACACAUUUACAAUUGCAACAAAUGGCGAGCAGCAACGGUGCCGGCGGCAGCAAGCCGGCGGCGGGCGGCUCGCCGGGCAGCGCCACUCGGCUGCCGGGAAACUGGGCGCUCCCUGCGGGCCCGCGCGGGUACAGUGCGGCGCGCCCGGGCCGCCUCCGGGCGCGGGCGCAGCGCUGAGCGCCGCCCCGCACAAGGACGAGUGGUUCGUCUGAGGCGGCCCGACGGGCCCGCAGGGCGGGGGCGCCGUACCGGCCCCCAACGGGUUCCGAGCCCAGGGACCGAGGCUGAAAUCCGACAGGUGUUUGUAGUUCACAUAUCUCUAUCAUAUCAGUUUGUUUUGUCGCUGUCCGGGCUCGUUUAAUUCAAUCACCGAAACUAACUCUUAUUGGCCAGUAUCAGCGCGCUCAUCGGUCGAUUGAUCGCGCCUACGGUUACUAUUACAAUUUCGCGCGUCGACCGAUGAGCGUCGCAUAUUUCGUCUCUAAGAGUCUGAUUCGUGGAGUAAAUUAGUGAGUUCUGACGGCUCUGGUGCGGGCGGCCUGGUCCCCUGGAGCCCGCGGCGGGCCGGGCCCGUCGGUCGGGCCCGGCCCGCCCUCAUCUAUCCGAAGUAUCUAUGUAUGUACUACCUGAUUUAGCGAGGAAUUUUUUUAGGUGAAUUUUUACUCGUUUAGUGGAGGCGCGCCGCGUCGCACGCGUUUCGUGGGUGUCCAAUUUUUGGUGUUACGAUAAACGCAAUGUAAAUUUAUCGAUAUGACAUUAAUAAACAUUUUUGGCUUAUUGUUCGUA